CAGAGAGACACGCAGAGAGACGCGCAGAGAGACGCGCAGAGAGACGCGCAGAGAGACGCGCAGAGAGACGCGCAGAGAGACGCAGAGAGACACGCAGAGCGACACGCAGAGAGACACGCAGAGAGACACGCAGAGAGACAGAUCGGCUGAGAUGGAUAAAAUUUCAGGUUUUGUCAGAAAGAAAAUGGGGGACAUAGUGGAAGACAUAGUGGAGGACGCGGUGAAGGACGCGCUGGGCGUCGGAGACAAGGACAAAGACAAAGACGAGGACAAGGACAAGAAAGGGGGAUUCCUCUCAUUCUUUGGAGGAGGAGACAAGAAGGAAGACGAGGACGACGGAGGACUGUUCUCGUUCGGAGGAGACAAGAAGAAGAAAGAAGACGAGGACAAACCGGGAUUCUUCUCAAAAAUCUUCCAGAGAGACGAUGACGAGGACGACGACAUGAGGAAGGAGAAGAAAUCUGGAUUCGCUGGUCUCUUCUCUGAACAGGAGGGAGGAGGAGGCGUGGCCUGGGAGGAGCCUGCAGCAGGAAGUGAAGGGGGCGGAGGAGGAGUAAGUGAUGGAGAUUUGUUCAGUGACCUGAUGGAUGUGGCUGAAGAAACGUCUAAAGGAAACUAAGACGGCGGAAACCAGACGGACGACAUGGAUCCGACGAUCAGCCGCAGCGUCCGUGUGCAAACCCGUCAGAAGCCGUCAGGACACGUUUCCCAAAGACUGACCCAAGUCUCACUUGAAACACGAGCUCCUUCACAAAGUCACAAACUUCAACAGGAUGAAUCCAGAAGGAAAAGAAACCUCCGGCACCUUCUCUUCAUUCUCUGUUUAAACGCCGUCCUGAAAAAGAUACCCUCAUAUGAAUCUGUUUCCUCCUCCGUGACUUCGUCAACAUGGACGGCAACAGUCGGAUAUGAACCUGAUUAAACCGUCUGGAAACAGAUUGAUUUGUUCUGUUGAACCGGAUCUAAAAUAAAAAAAAACAUAAUUAUCA